GGACUGACUAACAGGAUUUAUUAAUUUGAUUCGAGGCGACUCAUUAAAAUGAGUUUAGACACGCUCUUUAAACAGAUCCUCCUAACUGAACAGCAGUUAACUGAGCAGACACAAAAACUCAAAGAAGUCAAAACAGCCAUCAGCAGAUGCAAUGAGAGGAUCAAGAGCACCACUGGCAAGUGUGAAAGAACCAGUGAGGAAAUUGAUAUAAAGGCUCAGCAGUUGUCCGCGAUGAGGCUGCAGCAUGACCUGAUGAAGAAAUGUGAAGACCAGAUGUUGAAGCAAAUUGAGGAGCUGCUCUGCCAGAACAGUCAACUCAGGGAAUGUCUGGCCAAGAUAAAGUGGGAGUGUACAGAAGAAGAGAAAAACUUCCUUCAGGAGAUCUCGAGGUUCAACAGUGACUUCAGUCUUCGAGGAAACAGAGGGGUAGUGUUCGAGAGCCAAACACACACUGAGAUCCUGGACCUGGAGAGGGAGGUGGACUCAUUAUACAAAGAGAUGGAGCUGAUGAGCCGCAGGAACAGUCACAUGAGCGCCGUGCAGCAGGAGAAGAGAGCGCUCCAGCUCCAACUGCAGGGCCUGGAAAACAUCCAGAAAGAGCUGGAUCAGCAGUUGAUUGAGGCUGAAGCGGUGACAGAAUCUCUGCGAGCCGAGAGCCUGUUUGUCAGUCAGAAACCUCGCACUGACAGCACCUGUCUGAGGCUGAGGAAGGAGCUGGAGAUGCAUAAAGAGGGAGAGCUGGAGUUCCUGCGAGAGGUGCUCAGCUCAGAAAUACAACUCCUGAAGACGAAGCUGGACAGCAGCCAGGGGAGUGAGCGGCAUUAGGUCUGGCACAAUGAUGAGACAGGGAUACAGGUUACAUCAGUUCACUGAUUGUCUCGUCUGGUCAAAAACAAACAUGAAUAUGAAUAGAGGGGAGGGAAAGAGAGGAAAGGAGACAGGAAGGAACAAAUGGAGCGGGAUAGUUAACAGUGUUCUGUACUUAAAGGUACAUGAAUAGAACAAGUUCUGUAAGUAAAUGGUUUAAAAUCUUCAUCAUUUAAUGUGUUAUUGUUGUCCUUUAUAUAUACACUGUAAAACAUCUAAAACAAAACAGUUUAAAUAUUAAAACUGACACUUUCAGCAUAAAAUAUUUGUUUAAUGUUUUCCUCUUUCAUUCUCAAACCCAAAAUACAAUCUGCAGGUGUGUCUCUACCUUCAGCGAGUCCUUUUAUUGAGAUAUAUUGCUUGAUUUAUUUGCAGACGACUAACAAGUAAAAGCAUGCACACACAUGUUGAACUGAGUAACCUGUGAGUUUCACUGCUGACAGAGAUAGCAUUCAAAAAGUGAGUCUUUGCUGCCCUCUAGUGUACAAAGAGUAACACUGCACAACACAAUCUUACAUGCAAACACACAUGCAAAAUAAAUUUGUUACAAUAUUCCAUGAUAAUUAAAGGCAAAUAAUGUUGUAAGUUCUGCUUUAUUUGAAUUUAAUAAGUGACACUGAAAUAAGGACAAUUAAUUAGGAAAAGUGAUGAAAUAUUUAUUUUCACUGCACUUAUCAAUCAUCUGGCUGGAGAAUUGAACACUAGAUGGUCAAAAGUAUGUGGACACCUGUUUGUGAUUCUCUUACAUGUGACUUUUAACCCUUUGAAACCUGGACAUCACUUUUCUUGUGCUGCUUUCAGACGCCUUUCGCAAGUACUGAAACCUUUGAACCUCUGAGCAGAUUGGUGUGAUUUCUUUUAGCCAACUGGUAAGACAUGUUCCACAAAUAAAAAAAAAAAAUAAAUUAGAAAAUCAUUUAAAAAAAAAACAAAACAAGGGAAAAGACAAAAGAUCUAGGGAAAAGCAUAUUUUUUAAUAUUAUCAUUACACUUUAAAAAAUUAUGUCACAGAAUUAUUAGAAUUUUAAGCACUCUUUUUUUUAAACUUAUUUCUCUUUUUACUUAUUUUUUUUGCAAUUUUUGUUUUUUUUUUUGUUCUUUUGCUACUCAUUGCCUUUUCCCCAUGUUUUUAAAAGAAAUCAGGCCAAUUUUCUGAGGUUUCAAAGGGUUAAUAUGCGGCUGUAAUAGCUGCAAGCAUGCAUGCCUACCUGCUUUGUGUCUGCACAUCUCAUAUAUAAAAGUAGUUUUCAUUUCUUUAUUUUUGUGAGAGGAGUUUAUGUUAUUACACCACCAAACUUCAAUGAAAAUGGCAAGAAUAGCAUGCGUGCUGGUAUCUUUAUUAAAGUGUAUUAGGGAGAAAUUACCCUCAUGCAUGAAUCUGUCAUCAAUAAUGGCCUAAUUUUACGCAUGAUUCCUGAUAAUGAAGACACAGAAAAUAAAAAUGCAAGGCAAAAAUGGCAUAUUGUCAAUAUGCUUGAGAAAAACAUGUAUUCAGGAACGCUCAUGUCUUAUUAAGAGGAGCCAAGCUCCCCCUGGCUGCUUACUAACCUGUUUUCUGGUCUGUCCGUGAUGCUGAACGUGACACACCCAAAAAAGAAACCAAACAAAAAGCACACAUAGCCAGAAAUGCAUACUCGUUUGCUGGUCGUGUUUAAUAAACCUGCGUGCACGAGCUAAUUUUGGUGGAAAAGCUCAGUAUGUUUGCUUUUGUUUUUUCAGCACUGUGAGCAUGAUUUUCAAAGCUUCGUUCAAAUGUGGGCUGCUUACGGUCUGGCACCUUGUGAAAGCAAUAAAUCAAGUUUAACAAGUACCACUAUCACUUGUGCACCGUGCCCAGGAACAUUGCAAACAAAGCAAAAAGGGGGGAAAAUAAUAAGCUAGAGAGCAGCGUCACUGCAGAUAAAUACACCUUCACACACGUCUAGUGGGUCAUAAGUUAUGGGGGGGGG